AUGAGGCAGAAACGAAGGAACCAUGGGAAGAUUUACCUGAACGGAAAGAGCGCCGGAAGUUACCAUAAGACGCAGAACGCGAAGAGGAAAAAAACGGAAGAAGUGGCGGAGGAAGUGACGGAGAAAGGGGUGGAAAACGUAUCGACGAAAGGAGAGGAGACCGUGGCGAAGAACGUGGCGAAGAAAGGGAAGGCGAAAAAAGCGCAUGGACCAAAUGACCCGAAGAAAAAAUUGGACAUCCUCUUUUAUGGAAACAAAAACAUAUACUUGAGAGACAUUCACAAUUUUGUCACAAAUCUCCGAAUCGAAAAAAGUGUUCAGAAAAACGACCUGUUCAUCGUGAAAAAUAAUGAUUGCGUAAAUAAUUUAAUUGUAGUGAUCGUCCCCAAUUUGUCCAGUUGGUUCAUAAAGGAUAUUUCUGCCAGUGGCGUUUUUACCAAACUGCAGAAGAAUAAUAAUUUUAGGAAAAUACACACAGAAAAUUGUUUUAAAAAUAAUUACAGCAGUUUAAUUUUAAAAGCGCUAAGUGUCUCUGUGAUGAAAAAUAAAGGAAUAAAUUAUAACUCCCCUGGGGAUAACUUCUACAUAGAAAAUUAUUUACUUAGCACUGAGCAGAUGCUCCUGAAUAGAUUCCCAAAAAAGAAUUCUGAAGAAUACCUUAGUUUUGAAAAUAUUGAAUAUGUCAAAGUAGAUAAAGGAAUAACGGACAUGCGCUCCUAUUUGAACACUACCAUGAACACUACCACCAGUAUCAGUCGUCAUCAGGAUGGCAUUCCAAAUGGAUUAGGACAUUCUGACAAGACGAGCAUACCUGUCACAGAGCCUGUUGGUGCCUCACCACAGGGGAAUCACCUAAAUGGGGAAACCGCCUACUCGGAGGAGGCAAAAAAUAUCUUCACCGAGGAACAUAUAACGAUGUAUGCUCAGGUGUUGGAAAAGCUACUUAGGGUCUCCGAAAUGGCUCAACAAAAAAAGGGGCAGAAUACCCCAGCCAAUAAUCCAAAGGAAAAGGAAAAAACGGAGUCGAUAAACGAGUCCGAUGAGGAAGAAGACCAGAAGGACGAAAUUGUAAACGGAGGAGAGAACGGAAAUGCAGAAGGGGCCACCGACGUGUCUAUGCAAAAUGGGGAAGUAAAUGGAGGGCUCAGCACUUUGAGUGGGGAAAGCGGUCAAAGUGGAAGCACCAACGAAGAGCGAGAUGACCCGAGCUGUUCCAAUCCCCCCAAGUGCCAACCGCCGGUCCAGUUCGACCUAGACAAUAUCUACAGCAUCGACUGUGAAAUGUGCGAAACGAUAAAUAAAAAAAGAGAGCUCACCAAAAUUACGGUAGUCGAUGCUUACAUGAAUAUAGUAUACGACUCGUAUGUCGUGCCGGACAAUCAAAUCACAGACUACUUAACUCCCUACUCGGGCAUAAGUGAAAGUACCUUGCAAAAUGUGCAUACUAAAUUGAAAGAUGUGCAGGAAUAUUUGAAAAAAAUUUUUAAUAAAAAAUCCAUUUUAAUUGGUCACUCCCUAGAGAAUGAUUUGCACGCACUGAGAAUUCACCACGACCACGUCAUUGACACGUCUGUGGUUUACUCCAACUCGGCUUACUGUUUUUUGAAGCCCUCUUUGUUUAACCUUUGCCAGCGUCACCUGGGCAUCACCAUGAAGCGGGAGAAGGGGCACAACUCGAUUGACGACGCGAAGAUAAGCAUGUUCCUCGCGCUGAAGAAGAUGAGCGAGUUCGACACAGCCGAGCCCUUCUACCAGUACCAGCCACUUUCCCUCUUCCUCAACCCGGACAACUUUACCAACGUGAAGGGAAACAUCAUAUACCAAGAAGACGUACGCCAUAAGUACGAGAAAAAUCUGUGCAUAUAUGACGCGAAAAAUGAAUACAUAGAGGAGAAACUUCCAAAAUAUUUCCUAAAAAAUUGUUUUCACUGUCCAUGCGAAAACGACGACGAGUGUGUAGAAAACCUUAUCAUGAAUAUCAAAAAUAAAAAUAAAAUAAAAAAUUACCUACUCAUAUUAAGAGAGUAUGAAAAUCUGUGUAAUCGAAAAAUCUACAGUUGUGUAAAAAAUGCAAAGGAGGAAAAUUUCAGAGUCGAUGCAAAUGGUGAGCUAUUCCAAAUUCCCACCAGAGUGGAAGCAAGUAGCAUUGUAAAAAAAUUAAGCCAAAAUAUUGAGAAGAUUUACGAAAACCUGGGAGAAAAUGAUGUCCUCAUACUGCUUUCCUUCAACAGUAACUAUCUAGCGGAGGAAAAAAUUACAGAAACUUUUUUUUUGGCGAAGGAUAUAUUUUAUGCAAAUGUAGAUACAAAUGGUAAAUUAAGCAGCCUUACUGCGAAAAUUAACUCUAUGGAAAAAAUCAUCGCCAAGAAACAGAGCGACAAUGAUUUAGGAAAUCUGCACUUCUUGCAGUUUAGGCAUCUCCUCUGUUUGUACGAACGGCACAUUCUCGCUUACCUUAAUGAGCAAAAGAGUAGUGACCGCAGCAUUUUCAUUUUGAAUUCGCUCACAAAUUUGAAGAACAUCGUGUGUGGCAACAACCGGAAGAAGACCUUCAAUGGGUGGUUUUCCAUUCUGCUCAAGGCUUGA